ACCAUCCAUUCAUCUAAACACCUCUGCACUUUUUUAUCUUCUUCUAUUAUAAUUUGUCAAGUAUAAUAAUAUAUAAGCAUAUUCAGAGUUGAGAGUAUGGCUUCUUCAUUUGGUGUCUUGUUUGUUGUAGGGGUUUGGAUGAUGAUGGGGAGCAGUAGUUAUGCUCAGCUCUCCACUAAUUUCUACUCUAAAUCAUGUCCAAAGGUGUUGUCUACGGUUGAGUUAGUAGUUGAAAGAGCUGUGUCAAAAGAGAAGCGCUUGGGUGCUUCUCUCCUCCGCUUGUUCUUCCAUGACUGUUUUGUCAACGGUUGUGAUGGGUCAGUACUCCUAGACGACACUUCUUCUUUCACCGGGGAGCAAACUGCUACUCCCAAUAAUGGGUCCUUGAGAGGUUUCGAAGUUGUUGAUGAGAUUAAGGCCAAGGUGGAGAAAGUGUGUCCUGGUGUAGUCUCAUGUGCUGAUAUCUUAGCCAUUGCAGCUCGGGACUCCGUUGUUAUUCUUGGAGGGCCCGACUGGGAUGUUAAGCUUGGAAGAAGGGAUUCAAAGACCACCAGCUUUUCUGAUGCAAAUAGUGGUGUACUCCCACUGGGUAGUGCCAAUCUUAGCCAACUUAUCAGCUUAUUCCAAGCGCAAGGUCUUUCUACCAAGGACAUGGUUGCAUUAUCUGGAGCUCACACAAUUGGGAAGGCAAGGUGCUUGGUUUUCAGAAAUCGCAUAUACAACGACACAAUUAUCGAUACUUCAUUUGCAAAGACAAGGCAAAGUAGCUGCCCAAGAACCAGCGGAUCAGGAGACAACAACCUUGCACCCCUAGACCUGGCAACCCCAAAUUCUUUUGACUCCAAAUACUUCGAAAACCUCUUAAACAAAAAGGGUCUACUCCACUCAGACCAAGAACUCUUCAAUGGCGGAUCCACCGAUUCAUUGGUCAAAACAUACAGCAGCAACGUGAAGAAAUUCUAUUCAGACUUUAUUGCUGCAAUGAUAAAGAUGGGAGAUAUUAAGCCACUCACCGGAUCAAAUGGUGAAAUCAGGAAGAAUUGCGGGAAGCCUAAUUAAUAUAGCUCCUCCGUUGCUUUGGCCUUAUAAUUAAUGAGGACUACCCAGGAUUUACUUCUAUGUUUAUAUCGUCGUAUGAGGUAAAACAGUUUACGAAUAAAAAAUAUUACUUAUCGUUUUUAACUAAAGAAGAAAAAUAGAGCAUGCUUAGACGAUAAGCAGCUUGCAUGUUAAUGUUUGAUCGAGUUCCAAGAAGGACAAUGUUGUUUGUGUAUUUUGAAGCAUAUUAAUGAAUCGUUUUUCUUUCUUCUUAA